CAGUCGGUCCCGGUGGCUUCGUUCGGUGCAUUGAAAAGACCGGGCGAAACAGCCUUUGCAGGCUUUCCCUUAACGCGGUCCCAGCCAGGAUAAGAGAGCUGCAUGUGAAGGGUCCUUAGGGCAUGACCUAGUUCUCGGUUUGAUUGUUCCAUGGGAAAGAUACCGCUCAAAACUAAGGCUCUGAUCCUGCAAACACCUGUGCAUCUGCUUAACUUUGAGUAUUUCUCUCAUUGUCCGUGAAGACAUUCCGGAAGCUGUAUAUUGAUCUUUCAUUCACUGCAAAGCUCGUGGAAUCAAGUUAUGUCAACAGCUGCUUUAAUUAAUUUGGUUAGAAAUGGAGGGUAUCAAGUGAGAAGGAGAGCGCUGCUGACAUCCCUCCUCUUGCAAGACGACAAACGCUUGACUGCCGUGUGCCAGAGCUCCACCACAGAACGCAGGGCUUCCCGCUUCGAUCCAGACGGCAGUGGGCGUCCAGCCACGUGGGACGCUUUUGGUAUCUGGGACAAUCGCAUUGAUGAGCCCAUACUCCUCCCACCCAGCAUAAAGUAUGGGAAGCCGAUUCCCAAAAUCAGUCUGGCCAAGGUGGGCUGCGCAAGCCAGAUUGGAAAGCGGAAGGAAAAUGAGGACCGGUUUGAUUAUGCUCAGCUGACAGAUGAUGUCCUGUAUUUUGCAGUGUAUGAUGGGCAUGGCGGGGCUGCAGCAGCUGAUUUCUGUGCUAAGUACAUGGAAAAGUACAUUCAAGAAUUCCUUUCUCAGGAGAAGAAUUUGGAAACCGUGUUGACCAAAGCUUUUCUAGAAAUAGACAGCGCAUUUGCGAGGCAUGCUCACUUAUCUGUUGAUGCAACCCUGCUGAACGCUGGGACCACUGCAACAGUGGCCCUGCUGCGAGAUGGUAUUGAACUGGUUGUGGCCAGUGUCGGGGACAGUCGUGCCCUAUUGUGUCGAAAGGGAAAGGCCCUAAAACUCACCAUUGAUCAUACUCCAGAAAGGAAGGACGAGAAGGAAAGGAUAAGGAAAUGUGGUGGCUUUAUAGCAUGGAACAGUCUGGGUCAGCCCCAUGUGAAUGGUAGACUUGCAAUGACACGGAGUAUAGGAGAUUUGGAUCUUAAAACCAGUGGAGUAACAGCAGAGCCAGAAACUAAAAGGGUUCAGUUGCAUCAUGCAAGCGAUAGCUUCCUGGUCCUUACUACAGAUGGCAUUAACUUCAUGGUGAACAGUCAAGAGAUAUGUGACUUUAUUAACCAGUGCCACGAUCCCCCGGAAGCAGCCCAUGUUGUGACUGAGCAGGCGAUACUGUAUGGUACUGAAGAUAACAGCACUGCUGUCAUAGUACCAUUUGGAGCGUGGGGAAAAUACAAAAACUCAGAGGUCAACUUCUCAUUCAGCCGCAGCUUUGCCUCGAGCGGAAGGUGGGCAUGAAGACCUGCUGGAAUCAGAUUUACUGUGCAAUAACCUGUAUGUCACAUGCUACAGGAGAACACAUCUUGCCCAUUUAUUUUUCUCCCACUAUUGUACAAAAUAGUAAGCUUACUGCUUUCUGGGUAACAAACCCUAAUCAUGCACAUGUCCCAUUUUAAUUGAUGUUUUCAGAUUUUAGGCAGGUGUUCAUUUUACUGACUUUUUUUGUUUCUAAUCCCAGAAGAUGAUGGGUAGUCUUGUGCAGAUGGACUAGGUGCAGGGCAGUAAUCAAUACAUGUUUUGUUGUGACUGAUUUAUCUAGUUCUCUGUGAAAGAUUGAUACGCUGGAUAGACUGAGCCCUGUGCUCCCCCCUGUGCACAAAACACCGGGGAGAGGAGCAAACACGUAAUCAUGAGGAGACAAAAGGUGCCUGUUUUGUCUUCCACUGUGUCACAGCCACCAAAAAAGUCCUUCUGCGCUUCAGGAGAAGCAUGUGAAAAAUAGUGGCAUGGCUAGAGAGGAUUCAGGAAGAGGCUAUUCUAUGCAGCAAGCUCCUCUGACACAAUAGUGUAAGUUUAGCCCCAAAGUCCUGUCUAAAUUAAUACUGCUAAGCAGAAAAAUACCUUGACCUCCACGCUCUGCAAGUCGAAGUAUGUGUGCAGGCCAGGAGCCAAACAUGCAUGGCAGCCAAGGCAGAUAUGCUGCCACUGGGGGCAGAGGGGAUUCCCUACAAUGGCCUGGAGUUUGUGAGGUCUCUGCUGUCUUACGUCUCUGGCCAAUGUGGGAUUUGGAGGCCACAUUGCAGUCCUCUUUGUAAACCCCUGGCACAAUUUCACUGAGAAGAACAUGAAGCUGGUCUACAGGGGUGCAAAAAGCUGCGUAUUUUUCAAAUUAAGGGGCAUUGUAAAUUUGAAUUCCAUUUCUUAAUGAUUUAAUUUCUAACUAUGCCAUUUGCUAGUUGAGCUCCCUGGAAACAGUGCAACAGGAAUGUUUUAAUUCUUUUAAAAAAUGGGUAAGGGCUUUUGUGCUCUCCAGAAAAGCCAGCUGCUAGUUGACUGUGUACAGGAUGCCAUCAAGUGCACAAAGUAAACUGGAAAAAGGGGAGUGUCCUGGGGCGCAACACUCACCGCUGAACUGGUACCUCCUCCUGGUCACUCUGGGGAUUAGCUCAAGGAUGACAUCCCCCAUCCACGGUUUGCACCCCGUCACUCUAUCCCACUUCUGCUGGCAGCCUCUCCAGGAACUGCCAUGUCCUCUUCAUUCUUGGCCCUCCAGCCCUGUCCCUGCCUGUGUUUUCCCCUUCCGGGAGCCAGUACCUUGCAGCCCAUUCGACCACCCAUUUCCAUCAGUGGCAAAUGUGGGGAACCCAGACCCAUCUACUACUCCAGGUGCCAACCCAGGGCCCCUGUAGUUGGCAGCCACUUGCUGGGUGGGUCCCCUCUGACUGUUCAGUACAUUUCCCUGGGCCACUUCCCCGCAGCCCCAGCACCUUGUUCACCUUUACUUCAGGGCCCUGCUACUCAGUCCCAGCAGCCGGCUAGGUGCUCCCUCACUCCGGUCCCUGCCAGCAGCUGCCCUGUCCAUGGUGCUAACGCCUCUUUUAGCUGCUAGGAACCCAGCCCUUACCCCUGGAGCUCCAGGCCAUGACUGCCCAAAUCUGGCCCCGCAGCUUCUUUUACAUGAGCCCUGCUGAGCCCGGAUUGGUUGCUCCCUGCAACCCCUCUCCGAUUGGUUGCAGUCCGUUCAGCCACUCUAGGCCGCUCGGAGGCCUCCCCUCCACUGCUCCCUCCUGGGGUUAACCCCUUUCAUGCCAGUGUGGGAUAGACACCCCACCACAGGAAGAAAUACACUUUUUUUGUUUUUAACUAAUUUUUUAGCUUUUUUUAGCCUUGGGUAUUGCUUGUAAUAACAGUAGCUGCCAGAUUUUCAGACAGAAAUAUUAUUUAUUUAUUUCAAGUUGACAGCAUCUCUUUCUUUUUUCCUCUUCCAUUUUUUUUUUAAUGUGGAAGGGGGAAUAUGAGAGUCAGUGUCAAAUUAGGCACAAACGGCCAGAUUCUGUUGACUUCUGUGAAAGGCCCCAGUUCAGGCCAGCUAAAGAUCUGUCCGAGAGCACCCAGUUCUGUUCUCACUUACUCCAUUGUAAAUCAGCUGCACAACUCUCCUGACAUCAACAGAGCUACACUAGCUAGACACCAGUGUAAGUAAAGUCAGGAAGAGUGAAAUUGGAGCUGAGUUCUCAUUAGUUUUGCCAUCAUAUUUUUCACAUUGGACCUGUUUCUGGCAAGAAAGAUUUUAAAAUGAAAUAAAUCACCUGAGGGAAAAUUCUGCUGAGCUGCCUGGUCAAACACUUACUACAAUGUGAAUCUUGAACCUCUGUUACUUUAACCCUUCCUGUGCCCAGGCUCAAACUUGUACAGCCAUUCCAGAUGUUUCUGUUUGCAUAUAUUUAAAGAUGCAUGAGCAUCCUUUAGGCAACUAUGCUUAAUAUUGUACUGAAGUGCUUUGCAUAUAGAAAGUGUCCUGCUUGUCUCAUUACGGAGUGUAUUAUAUGGUGUAAAUAAUAUUUAUAUUGCUUUUAUAAGUAAAGAGUUUGUGAAACAAUAUUUGUAAAUAUAUAUAUAUUAUAUCCAAUGCUAUUGCAUA